AUGACGAUACACAUCACUGAGACAUUCCGAGUCACCCCCACCGCCGACUCAGACUAUGUUCUCAACUCAGCCAACUCGUUCUCCCUCCCUUUAACUUUCUUUGCCUACCAUGGCUACUAUUCCACCCUGUCAAACGAGUCUUCUUCUAUAAACUCACCGAGUCAACCCUUGAGAACUUCAACUCCAUCAUCCUCCCUAAGCUCAAGCUCUCUCUCUCCCUUGUCCUUAGCAGCUACCUCCCUCUCACUGGCCACGUCACAUGGAAACAUAAACGAACCCAAACCGAGUAUCAUGGUCGGUCCAGACGACGGCAUUUUGGUGACAAUAGCCGAGAGUGAAGCUGACUUUUUGAAUCUUUCCGGUUAUGGACAAUGUCCUGUCUCAGAUUUACAUGCCUUGCUUCCCAAGUUACCAGUUACUAAUGACUCAGCCACUGCCUUCUCCAUACACAUCGGCGUCGCAGCACACCACGCCGUUUUAGACGGGAAAACGUCAAGCACUUUCAUCAAAACUUGGGCUCAUAUCACCGAGAGGCACCGAAGAAGAAGAGUGUGA